AUGGCAGAAAUUUCUGGAGAGGCGGAGAAUGGCUCCCGCAAGACCAUCGACGUUGCUGGUGAUUCGGCGGAGUCGCACUCUCCGGUCCCAGAGUCUGUUCCGGCGCCGACGCAGUUUGUGGCCCAGUUCAGCGAGACUGAGCAAGCCGCGAACAUCCAGCUGCCUUCGUCAGCUUCAUCUUCAGAAAGCGGCGAGCCAGCGCCCAUGCCUUUCACGCCUCCCGAGGAUGGAGUUGCCGGAGCAAGCUUCUUCGUCGACCCUCGACGCCUCUCCACGUCUGCAGUGCCUGGACUCGAACCUAGCGAUGAGGACUCAGAUGACCCGAUGGCGGAAAAGAACCGCAGUUGUGGCCCUCGAAUGGUUCAUUCGUUCAAAGACCAAGAGGAAUUCGCCCUGGCUCAUCGUGAGGGAACCAUCAUUGAAAUGGCCAAUGAGGAGGCUACCUAUCGGCGAUUCAACACCAGGACAGAGUCUACUCAUGCCUGGGUCAUCAACGCCUUGCCCCCACCCUCCAGUCUCAUCGCUUCGGACUUAGAAACCAGCUGGCUCGUCCUCGUUGAACUGCCAGCGGAUCAAGACAAGGUGUUCCCAGCCGAGGAAUCUGCAUGUGAUAUCGGAUUCAAGUAUGAUUUCACGAUUGGUGGACAUGUCUUCAAUCCCGGUAUGAUGAAAGCCGAGCGUGUACCCAACGUGUUCGAUAACGGCCAAGAUAACGGAAGUAUCUUCAACGACUACGCCAGGCAUGCGGCUUUCAACGUCACCGCCCCGUACAUGAAAGAUCCUGUCAGCCGUGAGAGGUACCACCCGUUGGCAGAGAUCGCGGUUUCGCAGCGCUUUGGUGCUCUUCAGUUCCCCCCUUUGACUUCUGCGAAUGCUGUCAUGGUCACUAUUCGCGUUGCGGCUCGGCUUGUCACUCAUGAUACCGAACUGAAGGCUUUGUCCACGCUGAUGCAGCGUGAGAGAAACCUGAGCGCGCUGGCACAGAGGGCACGCCACACGUUUGAUUACAUGCUGGAUUUCCGGAAACCGCCUACCUUCUACGUCGACCUCUUCAGAGAGCUGCCACAUAUGGAUAACCCAGCGGGCAAUCCUCAAACCCCAGCCCACCUCAAGUCUCUUUACAGCGGGCUCAAUUCUGACCACAAGAAGGUGUACGAGCAAUUCCGACAUAUCCCGGCAGGGCUGGCGCUAAUCCUGGGAUGCCCCGGUGCUGGAAAGACUGCACUGAAUGCAUUCAUCGCUGCAAUGGCUCUCUCGGCCCCUAUUCAAGAAGAAGUUGACAGCAAGACCGUCACCAGACCUGCAAAGGUUCUCUAUCUUCUUGACGUGAAUGCGCCGUGCGACGAUGCGGCAAACCGGGUGCACAAGACAUGCAAAGAAGCCGGCAUCAGAGCAUCGGUCAUUCGAGUUCGUGGAUGUGCUCGUGAGAUGAGCCGCAGCGUCAAACUGCACCCGCCUGCAAAGGGUCAGAAUGAUGUCGCAGGAGAUGUCCCGGACUUUACCAGGGGCUUCCUCAUGCAGUCUGAGAUGUCGCGAGUCUGCAACAUAGGCCCAGCUAGCAUCGACAAGGCGCCAUCUCUCGAUGAAGCCGCGUGGAAGGCAUUCGACAAAAAGAAGUCCCGAUACAAACAGCUUGCGCAGGCUCUCCAGAAGCUUGAAGGCGACGUCGUCAAAACUCGAAGAACUUCCGCGGAGCUGAGAAGACUGGUCGCAAACCUGUACUUCGAUGUUAUUCGAGCUGCUGACUUCAUCGCGACUACCCCUGUCGGCGCAUCGGGGCAGAUGGGCACUCUUUUCAAGCCAGACCUCGUGUUCGUCGACGAAGCAGCCCACGCAAGAGAGUUGACGUCUCUCAUUCCCUUGGCAUUCACUCCAGCUCGAGCAUACAUCUUCACUGGCGAUACUCGACAAACCAGACCUUUCGUCCAAGGUGCAUCCAUGUCGACCAGAGAGGCAGGACAAAAGAUGCUGAAGCUGAAUCCAUACGCAAAGCAGCUUAUGAUCAGCACGAUGGAGAGAGCUGACCUUGCCGGCGCUCUCAAGAGCAAGCUGCUGAUUACGCACCGAAUGUACGGAAAUCUGCACAUAUUAGUGUCUGAGCUAUUCUACGACGGGCUUCUGAAGUCGGGUAUGGCAUCAAUCGAUCGAUACCCCCUUCCAGUACUACACCUCCAGUCUUGGCUGAGCCAGUUCAUGCCUGGCCGCCAUUGUGUGGUCCCGCGAGUGAUGAUUCAUUGCCACUCAGCUCGAGAAAAGACGGAAUGCCGCAGCUUCUACAACCCAGCCCAUGAGUCUUUCAUCAAGCAACGCUGCCUGGAGCUUCUGAGCAACCCCAACUUCACUCGAGUCGAUAGGUCCGACCAGCCUGGAAGAAUACUGAUCAUCACCCCGUACAAGGCGGCAUUCAACCGCUACAAGCAGUUCACGUCCGUCCUGCCUCCCCACCUGCGUGGCCGCUUACAUGCUGAGGAGACGCACAACGCGAUGGAAGCAAGAACCGUCGACUCGGCACAGGGCCACGAGGCGGAUUUCGUGUUCGUGGACACUGUGCGGACGAAGACAGCGGGCUUCCUGAACGACCCCAAGCGCCUUUGUGUGAUGCUUUCGCGGGCCAGAGGCGGCGAGAUGAUUUUGAUGAACGAGGGAAUGACCACUCGCAUGAGGUCUGGGGUCGAAGUUCCCGCAGAAUGGACCUCCCGUGUUUUCGAGCAUUGCCGCGGCAAUGGCCAGCUGUGCUACAUUUGA